ACAUAUAUACGUACGUAACGGAAAAAGUGGACAAGUGAAGUGCAAUACAUAACGCACACAAACACACAUACAUACAGAAAUCGGUGGACAAGCGGUAGAUUAAAGCGAAACAAAAAGAGCGGGAAUUAACCCUAGAAACCCAAAUUAAAAUCCUACAAAAUUAAUUAAACCGCGUCGGCCGGAAAAAAUAAUUUAAAAACAACAAAUAAUUUUGGAAUGGAUAAGCAGCUGGUAAAAAGUGUUAUCUCACUUGCAGGUUUGUCGGCCGGAGAGGACUUCCGAAGACGGUGCACUGCGACAACGCCACGAAUUUCGUGGGCGCGAGCAAUCGCAUGAAGGAGUUCGGCGAGAGGCUGAAAGCAGAAUUGACCGGCGUCCAACGCUACGCUUCCGAAGAAGGAGUCUCCUUUGCAUUCAUACCGCCCAGGGCUCCUCACUUCGGAGGCCUAUGGGAGGGCGCUGUGAAGUCUGCGAAAGGCCUACUCCUACGGACGGCAGGUCGCGCUUUGCUCACCGCGGACGAGUUAACGACGUUCCUCGUUGGCGUGGAGGCAACCCUCAAUUCAAGGCCAAUCGGCCCACUCAGCCAGGACCCCAACGAUGGACAAGCGCUGACGCCAGCGCACCUGCUGAUCGGCGGCCCGCUGAAGGCCCCACCGGAGGAGGAGGCGCCCGAAAAAUAA